GGGCUGGAGCGAUGGCCCGGGUCUGGAGCCCGCGGCCGCUGCUGCCGCCACCAGCGCGUCGGGAGCAGCCGCGGCCCGAGUCGGGGCGGGGGUAUGAGUCGCGGCUGCAGUGGGAGCGGUGCGUGUGAGUUGCCGAGAGUUGCCUGAGCCAGAACAUCUCAAACUCUGGGCAGGAGCGCUUCAGGUGGGCUGAGCUGGGGUCACCCCUCAGCGCUGCGCCCCCCGGGCCCAGGCAGCAGGACUGGGUCUUCUCAGGCGCGGGACUGGCCCUUCUCAGGCCGAAUCCCGGAGCCGGGCUCUGGGUCUUCCUCUCGUGGGCUCCCUUCAAACUCGGGACGGGGGCCGGGGAACAGUGAACACCCUAGACCAGGGCUUCCUGGCCCAGGCAUUUUUCCGGCGCUUUCCAGGGCUGUGUCGGGGUGGCAGCCUCUAGAAGCCCCCUCCUGCCAGUUGUCCAGCCAGAGAGGGGUUACGCGCUCCUACUGUCUUCCUCUGCACUCCCCUCUGUCCUCAUCAAAAACAAGCUUCUUUUUUCUCUCUAUUGGAAAUCCUACACUGUAGCUCCAAAACACUACCGGUGUGCCCUUCCCCAGCUCCUAGAGCACCCUUAGAAAUACUACGGGCUUAUCAGGGCUGAGAAUCAGUCUUGAUUUAGCUUUUCCUCUCUUUGGGAGAUAAAAAGUUACUCUCUUUCCAGCCUUUUAACUAAUUGAUCUAGGGCCUUAACCAUUUGGAUCACCAGCUUCCUGGCUACCCCUAUGUGACUUACCCCACCUAUCUGAGUUCCAGUUUUCUCUGGGCUCCAACUUCCAGUCCCUAGCGGAUCUAGUCAGUCCCACCCCUGGGUGGGAGUGACUAGGGGGCUCCAGCCCAGAGUUCCCCACCCUGGAAGGCAGCUCCAAGGCACCCAGAGAAUUGGGCGUAGGGUACGAACCUGGCAGCUCAGGAGUGGGUGCUCCACUCACCCCCCACAAGAAGAUGAAAAAGCGCAAAGAACUCAAUGCAUUGAUCGGCCUAGCUGGGGACAGCCGAAGAAAGAAGCCCAAGAAAGGCUCGGGCCACCGCCUGCUUCGCACUGAGCCACCUGACUCAGACUCUGAGUCCAGUUCUGAGGAAGAAGAGGAAUUCGGUGUAGUUGGAAAUCGCUCUCGCUUUGUCAAGGGAGACUAUUUACGAUGCUGCAAGAUCUGUUAUCCCCUCUGUGCUUUUGUCAUCCUCGCGGCCUGUGUCGUGGCCUGCGUUGGCUUGGUGUGGAUGCAAGUUGCUCUCAAGGAGGAUCUGGAUGCCCUCAAGGAAAAAUUUAGAACAAUGGAAUCUAAUCAGAAAAGUUCAUUCCAAGAAAUUCCCAAACUUAAUGAAGAGCUACUCGGCAAACAAAAACAAAUUGAGAAGAUUGAAUCUGGAGAGCUGGGCUUGAAGAAAGUCUGGAUAAACAUCACAGAAAUGAAUAAGCAGAUUGCUCUGUUGACUUCUGCAGUAAACCACCUCAAAGCCAAUGUUAAGUCAGCUUCCAACUUAAUUAGCCUGCCUGCCACUGUAGAGGGACUUCAGAAGAGUGUAGCUUCGAUUGGCAACACUUUAAACAGUGUCCAUCUUGCUGUGGAGGCAAUACAGAAAACUGUGGAUGAACACAAGAAAACCAUAGAAAUACUGCAGAGUGAUAUGAAUCAACACCUCUUGGAGGAUACAAGUGGAAGCAACCAGAUCACUCCAUCACCUUCAAUUACAUCAGAACUUGACAAUAAAACCCACAGUGAGAAUUUGAAACAGGAUGUCCUGUACCUUCACAACUCUUUAGAGGAGGUAAACAGUGCCCUAGUGGGGUACCAGAAACAGAAUGACCUUAAACUCGAGGGGAUGAAUGAGACAGUCAUUAGCCUUACCCAGAGAGUCAACCUGAUAGAAAGCAAUCUGGUUGCUCUGAGCAAGGUAGAAAAGAGAGCGAACCUGUCCUUCAGCAUGAUGAGUGAUAGAGCUGCCACUCUAAAAAGAGAAUCUUUGGAUCAAGUGACCAACAGAACAGAUUCACUAAAGACCCAAAACAUAAAGAAAGAAGAUACUUCAGCUUCUCAGGUAUCCCAGGUAAAAGAAAAACUGCAGCUGAUCAGUGCUCUCACAGACAAACCUGAGAGCGGUAGGCCUCCAGAGACUGCCGAUACAGAGCAAGUACAGAGUUUUACAUCAGAGCCAUCGGCAUUGCCAAAAUUUUCACAAUCUCUUGGAGACCAAAUUGAGAAAGCUGCGCAGCUAAGACCUGUCUCCCUACCAGGAAUUUCAAACGUUAAAGAUCUUCAGGGUUUAUUCCAAAAGACGGGCCGGGACGUGGAUGGGAAGCUGACCUACCAGGAAAUUUGGAACUCCCUAGGUUCUGCUGUGCCAGAACCAAAGAGCUUGAGAGUGUUUGAUUCCGAUGGAGAUGGAAGAUAUUCAUUCCUGGAGCUAAGAGCAGCUUUAGGUAUCUAGCCUCAUCAGGCAUGUUUUGGAAAUGGAUAUGUACGCUGAACUACCUAAUAUUUACUCACCUAACAAAAACAACCCUUUUACUUACCCCAUCAAUUCUCCAGUCCUCCAAACUACUGUAGCAGACACAUUGCCACCUUUUGACUUGUUUAAAAAAGCUAUAUAAAAGUUAUUUUUUUAAAAAAACAAAGAUCAUUUUACUUAUAAUAUGAUGUUCAGAAACCUCUGAUUUCCUGAAACCAGUAAGAUCUUACCUUUUAAGGUUGAGGGGAGAAGACCUUAUCUUUUAAAACUGGAAAAAUGUAUAGAGAGAAUAAGCCACCUUUUAUAUUUCACAUAAAUUUGCCUUAAAUUAGCUGCACUUUAUAGACUCAGAAAAUGUCUUUUCUCUAAAAGAUAGACCGUUUCUGUUUGUAAAUAGUCAAAAUGAGAAUAAGAAUUGUGCAUAUUUUGUAAGAAUGGUUUUAACAAAAUCUGAACAAAUGGCUUGUUAUUAAAACUCACUAAUCUGAUCUGAGUAGCAGCUGAAACUGUCCACAUCUCCUUAAGGCAUCCCUUGAAGGCCCAGGUGCUGCCAUGGGGUUUAGCCUGGUGAAUGGGGGAAUGGACACUGUGGGAACAGUGCCAACUACAGGCCCUAGAGGGUAAGAUUCUGGUUCUUCGUUCCCAUUCCCUCAGCUAAUCUCAAUCUCUGAAUCAGAAACAGCUCAUUGAGAUUUUUUUUUUUUUUUUAAGUCCUCCUUCAGAGUUUAUGAGCAUAAAAAGUUAUCCAGUGGGGAGCUACAUUUCCCCCGAGUGAUCUAGAUUAUCUGCCUCUACCCACCCACCCAAAUCUGUCUUAAAGCUGUAGCUGGCUCCUACCUCUGCUGCUAUCUCCAUUUUGAAUGGCAGGGCUGACAUCCCUCAUUCACUGUCUCAGCCCGGCCAGCCGGAGAUUUAGAGGAGAACUAUGCCUCUAAUUUUGACCCAGGAAACUCCACUCCAAUAUAUUUCUGUGUGGACUGAAACAAAAAAGGUUGUGAAAUGAAACAAAGCUAACCACACAUGAAAUCACAUUCCUUUUCCUUAUCAUUUUCAGCUCUUAAUUAACUAAAGGUUUUCUGUCCAAUUGAUGCCACAGGCUUUCUGUCCCAAAGCAGGCAGCCUGGAGCAAGGGGCUUCAUGUGAUGGUAACAAGUUUCCUCAAAUCUAAUAUAAGCAAAUGCAAUACUUUUCCUCCUUUUGAAUACUUCUGUGGGCCUGACACUGAAGGUCCAUGGACUGGAAGGAAUAAUGCUGUAUAUUGAGUCUGGAUUUGUGUGUUAUUCCUAGAAGCAGUCUUUGGGCAACACAAAAGGAGAGAAACUUUGCAAAACUUUACUUUGCUGUAGGCCAGGUCAGGGAGAAUUUAGAGAAACUUUCAUGACCCAUGCUCCUUGAGUAGAGCUCAUCUUCAUCUUAACUUUGUCGAAAGUGCCCUGUCAGCCAUGGAUGCAAUCCAGAUCUAAACCUAUUGCCAUCGAGUCGAUUCCUACUCAUAACGACCCUAUAGGACAGAAUAGAUCUGCCCCAUAGGGUUUCCAAGGAGCAGCUGGUGGAUUCAAACUGUCAACCGUUUGGUUAGCAGCUCUUAACCACGGCACCACCAGGGCAAGUCCCUUAAAAGUUUAAGAGCUGGUUUUUGUUUUUGUUUUUUCUGGAAGUACUAAAAGUUAGUUAAAGCAAGGUGAAAUCUUUUCCCACAAGUGUGUCUGCUUGCUUCAUUAUGGCUUAUGCGUCUCAGUUUUUUAAAAAAACAUUUUUCUUGCCCAUCUGAACUAGUUCACUUUCUUGGAAAGGUUAAAAUAUAGUAUAAAAUUAGCUUAACACUUUAAGUAACUUGAAGAUAACUCUCUUUCUGGCUGCCUUCCAUGCCUCCCCCCCCCCUUUUUUUUUAAUAUAUGCACCCUUACAGAUUUUGUUAACAACCAAAUAAAAUUCUAGCAAUAAAUUGAAUUGCACUACUAUAUUUGUAUAUUAAAAAAAAAAAAAUACCGUACCAUAAAUAGUAUACCUGUA